AUGACGUCAUAUGACGCCAGUGAUCAAAGAGAAGACAUUUACAUUGGAAACCACGUACCUUGUUCAGAAAGCUUCAACGGCUACUGUAUACAUGGAAAAUGUGAAUUCAUUUAUUCCACUCAGAAGGCUUCCUGCCGGUGUGAAUCAGGAUACACUGGACAGCACUGUGAAAAGACAGACUUUAGUAUUCUUUAUGUUGUCCCAAGUAGACAAAAGCUUACGCAUGUCCUUAUUGCAGCAAUAAUUGGAGCUGUACAGAUUGCCAUUAUAGUUGCAAUUGUCAUGUGCAUAACAAGAAAAUGCCCCAAAAACAACAGAGGACGUCGGCAGAAGCAAAACCUAGGCCAUUUUACUUCAGAUACAUCAUCCAGAAUGGUUUAACUUAGUGAUUUUUAUAACUACAUUGACCAUGUGAUGUACAUUUUUAUUAUAUCUUUUUUUAAAGAAUGGAAAUAUUUAUUUCAGAGGCCUUAUUUUUGAACAUUUUUAGUGUAACAAUGUUGGUCUGUAUUCUGAAAGCAUCAGCUCUAACAGCUAUGGACUGUUUUAUUAUCCUUACUUUUGUGUUUUUGAAUACAAUAGUUCAUUUUCUGUAUCUGUAUCACAUGGUUAUAUAAUAGACUUGUGCUUUAUCCAUGGAAUGUAAUAUUUUUGGGAACACAGAUUUAUUCCACCAAUGGUCGUAGAUUAAAAAACAAACAAACAAACAAACCAACCAACAAAAAAGUCCACAUUACCUAGCAAACAAGGCAUGAACUAAAGGUAAAAAUGUUUACAGCUUACUUUUCUUAUGAGAAACUAGAAAACACUGUGUUUAAAUACCGUAGAUAUUUAAAUGUUUUUGGAAGUUAGUAACUGAUUUUUUAGACACUGCCUAUCGCAUGAACUGUGAAGCUGUGUGCUGUGUGUAGUUGUACCAUAUUUAUAAAACGUGUGGGCUGGGUCUAAGCAUUGCCAUCUUCAUAAGUAAUGCCAACAAUUUAUUUUUAAAGAGGAAAAUUAUAAAUUUCAUAAUUUGGGAAGUUACCUGGUAGAGCAGAUGGCACAGGUCCAAAAGAAGUAGGUCUUAGUAGAUUUAGGUAUUGUAAAAAUUGGUGUUGAAUAAUUGAACACAAAUAAUUGGAAUAAAGCCUACUUUAUCACUGUUAAAGCUGUUUUAAUACUUCUUAAACUUUUUUAAAGAAAAUACAUGUUUUAACACCUACAAUACGGAUUGUAUAGUGUUUGUGAUUAAAAUGAAAAAAAAAUAAAAGUGAAUUAAUUACUAGUGCUCUUGUAUAGAGUAUUUUCAAGAGCUAAAGAAGUCCAUCCGAAUUAGUCUGCUGGUCAUAGUUAUAUUAAUAGACUGUUAGUUGUCAGUUGAAAGAUCCCAAGAUAAAGUGUGAAUAGGAUGUGUUCAGCUGUUUUAACAUGUAGUUUAGGCUUUCAAAAUUUUGCAUGUAGGAUUUAAUAAUUUGUUCAAUAAAAAAAAAAAAAAGCUUUCAACAUUUUGAACUGGAAAAGCAUGUCACAAUACAACGUUUUCACUAUA